GUGAAGACUUUAUGAACCAAAGGACAAAUGUGGGUAGAAAAUUAGUUCAAGUGGGUAAGGAGGAAGAAAAACGCUGAGAUUCGUUUGACAACUUCUUUAGAUGUUGCAAGAUUUCUCAUAAUGCAAGGGGAUGCUUUCCGUGGACAUGAUGAGUCUUCUACUUCGCUUAACAAGGGUACAUUUAGAGAAAUGGUUGAUUGGUACAAAGAUAAGGUUGAGAUAGUGAAGGCGACAUAUGAAAAAGGUUACAAAAAUUGCCAAAUGUUAUCUCCUUAUGUGCAGAAAGAUCUUCAGCAUGUUGAGAGUUGUACAGCAUGCAGGUUUUGUGAAUGAUGAAGGGAAAGUGAUGGAGAGAUUUCUUGGACUUCAGCAUGUUGAGAGUUGUACAGCUAUUGCAUUGAAAGAAGCUUUGGUCCGUAUGCUUUCAAAGUCGUAAGUUAUCAAUCUCUAUGCUUCGUGGGCAAGGGUAUGAUGGAGCUUCUAAUAUGAGAGGUGAAUUUAAUGGAAAUUGAUUCGUGAUGAGAAUCCUUAUGCUUUCUAUGUGCAUUGUUUUGCCCAUCAAUUGCAACUAGUGGUUGUUUCUGUCUCAACUUCUAGUGCAGAUAUUACAUAUUUCUUUAACUAUGUUCCUUCAAUAGUCAACACUGUGGGUGCAUCUUGUAUGAGAAAGGAUGUUUUGCUUGCAAAGCAUCAUGAUGUGUUGUUAGAAAAGAUUGAGAAUGGUGUGAUUAUGACCGGAAGAGGUUUAAACCAGGAAAGUGGUCUAGCUAGACCUGAAGACACCAGAUGGGAUUCACAUCUUAAAACUUUGCUUCGCAUUUUGGUGAUGUGGGAGGCUAUCAUAGAUGUCCUUGAGAUAGUCAAGAAAGAUUCUGUUAAACCAGCAUGUACUGGAGGAGCUUUAGGUUUAAUUGGAAAAAUGGAGAGCUUUGAUUUUGUGUUCAUCAUGCAUUUGAUGAUAGAAUUGUUGGGCAUGACAGAUAUUUUGUCACGUGCUUUGCAAAGGAAAGACCAAGACAUAGUUGAAGCUAUGCAUUUGAUAACGGAUGUGAAAGAUAGCUUGCAGGAUAUAAGAGAAAAUGGAUGGGAGCCCUUACUCAAAAAAGUGAAAACUUUCUAUGAGAAGAAUGAGAUUGAAGUGCCGGAUAUGGAUGAGGAAAUAAAUAUCAGAGGGACAUCUAGACGUAGGAAGCAAAAGAUUGCUUCUUCGGAUGAAUAAUGGGUGUCACCGUCACGCCCGUCGUCUAUUAGUCUCGUACUUUGGCUUUUCGGUAUGGAUAAACUGCAUUUUUAUUUUUUCAUGAUGUAUUUUUAAAUUUUCAUCCGUCAUUGAUGUUUCAAUAUCAUAUUGCUUCAAACUAUUAUAUUUCUCUUUUGUGGGGUGUCUUAAUGGAGCUGCAAGUUGUUGUA